CUUUCUUCCUUGGUUUAAUUGGUAAAUCAUAGGUCAAUUUCUCUUCUCUCUAUAAAUACACAACUAAUUCAUUCACAUCCUCUAAAAAAAAAACCAAUUCAUUCACAUAGCAAGUCUUUUGAUAUUUCUUUUAAAAAAAAGUAUUUUGAUAUUUGAUAUAUAAGUCUCUUUUUAUUCUUUGUUGUCAUUUAUAUAAGAAGAGAUGUUUCAUACCAUUAUGAACGUCCUUAGCAUCCAUGAUGAUAAUAAUAAGAACAAGAAUGACCGCAUUAUGAGAGGGGAAGUAAUAUUGAUGAAGAAAAAUGUGUUGGAUUUUAAGGAUUUGAGUGCUUCAUUUUUUGAUGGUAUUCAUGAGUUGGUGGGAAAAAGGGUUUCUCUCCAACUUGUAAGUGCUGAUAAAGGUGACCCUGGCAAUGGCAUGAAAGGAAAAGUUGGGAAGCCUGCAUAUCUAGAAGACUGGAAUAGCACAAUCACACCCUUAAUAGCUGGUGAAUCAACAUACAAGGUUACAUUUGAUUUGGAUGAUGAUGAUGAUAUAGGAACACCAGGAGCAUUCCUAAUUAAGAAUAAUCAUCACAGUGAGUUCUACCUAAAAAGCUUGAAACUUCAAAAUGUUCCUGGCCAAGGUGUUAUUCACUUUACAUGCAACUCUUGGGUUUACCCUUCUCAAAAAUAUCAAAAGGAUCGCAUUUUCUUCAGCAACAAGACAUACUUUCUAAGUGAAACACCAGCUCCACUUCUUAAGUAUAGAGAAGAAGAACUUGAAACCUUAAGAGGCUCUGGAGAUAGCAUCCAACUGAAAGAAUGGGACAGGGUUUAUGAUUAUGCAUACUAUAAUGAUUUGGCGGAUCCUGAUAAAGGUCCGAAAUAUGUUCGUCCAGUUCUUGGAGGGUCCAGUGAAUAUCCUUACCCUCGCAGGGGAAGAACUAAUAGACCACCCGCAAAGUCAGAUGCUAAUAGUGAGAGUAGAUUGAAUCUUGCCAUGAGCUUAGACAUCUAUGUUCCAAGGGACGAAAGAUUUGGUCAUGUGAAAAUGUCUGACUUUCUUGCUUAUGCAAUUAAAGCUAUAGUUCAAGUUAUCAAACCUGAGCUAGAAUCACUAUUUGAUAGCACUCCUAAUGAGUUUGAUAGCCUUGAAGAUGUACUUAAACUCUAUGAAGGUGGGAUUGAAGUUCCUGAGGGUGCAGUUAAAAGAAUUAGGGAUAAAAUCCCUGCUGAAAUGCUCAAAGAAAUUCUCCGAACUGAUGGUCAAAAGCUCCUCAAAUAUCCUGUGCCUCACGUGAUUAAAGAGGAUAAAUCUGCAUGGAGAACUGAUGAAGAAUUUGCUAGAGAAAUGCUGGCUGGUGUAAAUCCUGUCAUAAUUCGUGGCCUCCAAGAAUUUCCACCAACAUCUAAGCUAGAUCCUAACGUAUAUGGCGAUCAAUCUAGCACAAUAAGGAAAUCAGACAUUGAGAGCAACCUGGAUGGACUCACAGUUGACGAGGCAAUUGCACAAAAAAAGUUGUUUAUUUUGGAUCACCAUGAUGCACUGAUGACAUACUUGAGGAGGAUAAAUUCCACUUCUACAAAGACUUAUGCUAGUAGGACAAUUCUUUUUCUGCAACAAAAUGGGACUUUGAAGCCAUUGGCCAUUGAAUUGAGUUUGCCACAUCCCAACGGAGAUCAACAUGGAGCCAUUAGUAAUGUUUACAUGCCUGCAGAAAAUGGUGUUGAAAAUUCCAUCUGGCAAUUGGCUAAAGCUUAUGUAGCAGUAAACGACUCUGGUUAUCAUCAGCUUAUCAGCCACUGGUUGCAUACUCAUGCGUCGAUUGAGCCAUUCAUUAUAUCUGCAAACAGACAACUUAGUGUUCUUCACCCCAUUCAUAAACUAUUGCAUCCUCAUUUCCGCGACACAAUGAAUAUAAAUGCACUUGCGCGACAAAUCCUCAUCAAUGCAGGUGGCCUUUUAGAGGCCACAGUGUAUCCUUCCAAGUAUGCCAUGGAGUUGUCAUCCGCGCUUUAUAAGGAUUGGACUUUCCCCGAACAAGCACUGCCAGUAGAUCUUGUCAAGAGAGGAAUGGCAAUUAAAGAUUCAGCUUCUCCGCAUGGCCUUCGACUAAUAGUCAACGAUUACCCUUACGCGGUGGACGGGCUAGAGAUUUGGUUUGCAAUCAACACAUGGGUUCAGGACUACUGUUCCUUUUACUACAAGAAUGAUGACACGGUAAAGAAAGAUGCAGAACUACAAUCUUGGUGGAAGGAAUUGAUACAAGAAGGUCACGGCGACAAGAAAAACGAGCCUUGGUGGCCAAAGAUGCAAACAGUGGAAGAGUUGACGGAAACAUGCACAAUCAUUAUAUGGAUUGCUUCAGCUCUACAUGCAGCUGUAAACUUUGGACAAUAUCCUUUUGCAGGUUACUCACCAAACCGUCCAACAAUAAGUCGCCGAUUCAUGCCUGAGAAAGGAACUAUAGAGUAUGAUGAACUUGUGACAAAUCCUGAUAAAGCUUUUUUGAAAACAAUCACGGCACAAUUGCAGACUCUUGUUGGCAUUUCGCUUAUAGAAAUUUUGUCUACACAUUCUUCUGAUGAGGUCUACCUUGGACAAAGAGACAGUAUGCAUUGGACAUGUGAUGCAGAGCCACUGGAAGCAUUUGACAGGUUUGGAAAGAAACUGAAAGAAAUUGAAGAAAGAAUUGUAGCUAUGAAUGAUGAUGUGAAUCUCAAAAAUCGAGUUGGACCUGUUAAAAUGCCAUAUACUUUGCUUUAUCCUAGAAGUGAAGCUGGCCUAACUGGUGCAGGCAUUCCCAAUAGCGUGUCCAUUUGAAAUGCCAAAAUUGUUCCACGUAUUCUUUUACUUAGGAUACUUCAUCUAAAUAAGGGAUCAUCACUACCUUAAAAGUUAAAACCUGCAUCAUACAGAUUGAGUAGUUAUUUGUAGGGUGAAGUAGUAUUUAUUUGGUGUUGGUGUAUUAUUGUACUUUGUUUCUAAUAUUUGAUGAUCAUUUACCAUUUAUUUUGAUAUAAUAAAUAACAACUAGUAUUAUGAUUAUUUA